CAAGAAGAAGAAAGAGAAACGAAAGGGAAGCUGGGGCGAUCCACGUGUUCAUUUCUGGAAGUACGAGGACACACGUUUGAUCUUCACGUGAAAAAGCCAGUCACGGACACACACCUGCAACCCCAGUGCUGGAGAGUCCCACAAGUGCUCGCCGGGGCUCGCUGGCAAGUGGCCUCACCUCCUCAGUGAGAGAGCCUGUCUCAGAAGACAAGGCUGACUGAACCUGAGGGCCAACACCCAUACACCAUACACACACACAUGCUCACACAUCACAUACUGCACACACACACACAAAACACACAUGCACACACAUCACACACAAACAUACACAACACAUACUUCCAUACACACCCAGACAGUCACCCCUGGAUCAAGGUAGGGUCCUCAGCCUAAAGGAGAAUUGGCUAGCUCUGGCCCCAGCCCUGGGACUCUGUCCUUACAGAAAUCUCCACUCAUCAGUCAGUGAUGUGGUUAGCACAGCGCUGUGACUGCAGGGAAUCUGGUUCUCCACGGAUAUCUGAUCUCUGCAUUUGGCCUCGGUUCUCACAUCUUGGAGGAAUGGCAAUGAGAGCGCUAUGAGGGGUUCCUAAGAGGCUUUGGACACCUUGGCUGUCCCAGCCAGGACACAAAUGUGAGGCGCAUCCGGCACCCCAUGACCAGGUGACCCUCCCCGCCCAGAGCAAUGGAGCAAAAUGCCUCGUCCCGUGUGGACUCGGAGUUUCGAUACACCCUCUUCCCGAUUGCUUACAGCGUCAUCUUUGUCCUGGGCGUGGUUGCCAAUGGCUACGUGCUGUGGGUCUUUGCCCGCCUGUACCCUUCCAAGAAACUGAACGAGAUAAAGAUCUUCAUGGUGAACCUCACCAUGGCCGACCUGCUCUUCCUGAUUACCCUCCCUCUGUGGAUUGUCUACUAUUACAACGAGGGCAACUGGAUUCUCCCCAAGUUCCUGUGCAACCUGGCUGGCUGCUUCUUCUUCAUCAACACCUACUGCAGCGUGGCCUUCCUGGGCGUCAUCACUUACAACCGUUACCAGGCGGUGGCCCAUCCCAUCAAGACUGCUCAGGCCACUACCCGCAAGCGCGGCAUCUCUCUGUCCCUGGUCAUCUGGAUCUCCAUCACGGCUACCGCCUCCUACUUCCUGGCCACAGACUCCACCAACCUAGUGCCCAGGAAGGACGGCUCGGACAACGUCACCCGCUGCUUUGAGCAUUACGAGCCACGCAGUGUGCCCAUCCUUGUGGUCCACGUCUUCAUCGCCUUCUGCUUCUUCCUCGUCUUCUUCCUUAUCCUCUACUGCAACCUGGUCAUCAUCCACACGCUGCUCACGAGGCCCGUGCGGCAGCAGCGCAAAGCGGAGGUGAAGCGCCGGGCGCUGUGGAUGGUCUGCACCGUCCUGGCGGUCUUUGUCAUCUGCUUCGUGCCCCAUCACGUGGUCCAGCUGCCCUGGACCCUGGCAGAGCUGGGCUACCAGACCAACUUCCACCAGGCCAUUAAUGAUGCCCACCAGAUCACGCUGUGCCUCCUCAGCACCAACUGCGUCUUAGAUCCUGUCAUCUACUGCUUUCUUACCAAGAAGUUCCGAAAGUACCUCAGCGAAAAGCUUUACAACAUGCGCAGUAGCCGGAAGUGCUCCAGGGCCACUACCGACACUACCGAGGUGAUGGUGCCGGCCAACCAGACCCCUGUCCUGUCCCUGAAAAAUUAAGCUCUGCUUGUUCAAGUCAGACUCAGGGUCUUCUCUUCCAUGGACCUCAGAGACUGAGCUGGGAGGUGAGCGGUCUCUGCCUGUGGCGAACCCCUCCUCGGACCCCGUGGGACAGCAGUGGCAGGCUGCUGGAAAAUACAGACCCUGAAUGCUCCUUUUCACCCAUGUUUGGGUUAACACUAGCCCAGAGCUUCAGAAUCUGACAUCCCCGCAAGGGUCAGACCUUGGGGUGGGGGGUAGGCUCUGAGCUGCCCAGCUCAUCCAGCUGCCGUAGCAACCCUCAUGUUUGGGUACAACGUCUUUGUGACCUUCCUGGAGGAAGCGGUUUGGUGGAACCAUCUAAUCUCAGAAUCUAACCAGAGGAGAUAAACACAGAAGCUGACCAGAAGCUAGGCCGGGAGCCUGUUUGCUGAGCCAGCCGAGUGAGUGCUGAGAGAGUGGAAGAGAGACAGACAGACUUUCUUCUGAGGACGCCUCUGGACACCUGCUGGCGAUUUUUGGCAAUCCAUCGUGGCAAGGAAAGGCCGGGCAGGGCCGGGCAGCUCAGAAUGUGGCGGCAGGAGCAAGCAGAGGUUAUUCACGCGGCCCUGAGCCAAGAAGCAAGACUGUACAUUAACCAGGGGAUGGGGUUACCACCGUCAGAGGCUAGCCCCCCAGCCACCUUCCUCCACAGCCAGGUCCUACCUCCUAAAGGCUCCACCAUCUCCCACAUGAACACCCCUCGCAGGGGGAUGAACAUAGAGAGCGUGGCCCCGGCCAGCGAGACGGCCCAUCCGGUAGAGGCACUUGCCACCAACACUGCCGAUCAGAGUUUGAUCCCAGAACCCACGUGGUGGAAAGAGAGAACAGACUUCUUCUGCAAGUUGUCCUUUGACCUCUUCUUGGAUGCUGUGGCACACACCACACAGUGCCCCGCCUCCCCGUCUACAUGUAAAUAAAUUAAUACAACAAAGCAAAAUGAAUGUGACUCUACGGGGAGUUCACAUGCAAUGGUGUAUUCUGAAUACAAUAAUACACUCUUACAUGUAAGGGAGAGCCGCUCUUGCCCUGUGAGAACUAUCCAGAAACCUCAGACUCAGAACUCUGAGGAGCUCUUCCUGGUUUCCUGAGCCUUGUGCUCAAGAAAUAAAAAUGUUUGUGCCAGGCAGUGACGGCACAUGCCUUUAAUCCCAGCACUCAGGAGGCAGAGGUAGGCGGAUCUCUGUGAGUUUGAGGCCAGCCUGGUCUACAAAGUGAGUCCAGGACAGCCAAGGCUACACAGAGAAACCCUGUCUUGAAAAACAAGACCAAACAAAUCAUGUCCUUCCUUCUAGCUAGUGUUCCCUUGAAGUUGCAUCAGUUGAUUUCUGUCUGCGUGGGCUUGUUUCAGUAGGCUAGUAACCCUCUUGGGUUUGAGGUGAUGGUGGUGGGCUGCCCAGCUGAAGGGGACUGUAGCUAGAACAACAUACUUGAACUUUGACAUCUUACAGAUUCAGGUUCAUCUUGCCUGUGCUAGAUGCUGUCCAGGACGUGGGAAUUUAAUAUUCUACCUCUUAGUGUACCUCGCUGGGAGGCACAACCUACCUCACGGGGCUGUUAGGAGCCGUGCACGCUCACCUGAGUCUUGUUUACUCAUCCCUGAUCCUCCCUUUCCUGAGAAUUUGGUGCCCUUGAUCCCGAAGGGGUAAGAGUUGGCAUCUGGAUGCCAGGGGUAAGAGGUAAGAGUUGGGCUGCUGUUGGGGGCUUUAUAGGCCACACACUGAAGUCAUUUAAGCUCUGGAGCUGUGACCGUGUCUGUAUGUAAAGUGGGUUGAAUGGCCACUGAGAGGACUGGCAGGCAAAAGACUUUCAAAGGAAAAGCAGAGGCCAGGGAGAAACCGGAACUUGGAGAAAAGAUGCGCUUCCGGGGGUCAGAGGGCACCCCCCUGCGUGCUUUCUCUUGAGCCCUGGGAGGUUCUCUCUUAGGCUCACUCAGAUGGGUGUCUAGGGCUUUCAAUCAAAUGCUAAUACAGUAUAUUCUAAAUGUCAUUCGUGUUUGCAUAUCUCCCUUGUCACUGCAAUACCCGCGUACCACAAUGUGUUUACUUAAUAAACAUUUUUUUGUCUUUAAA